AUGGCUCCAGUAUCGCAAUUCGAGGCCAAGCCCGCGCCGGGUGACAUGGUGGGAUCCGUCAAGUUUGCGCCAAACUCGUCGUCGCGCAUAAUAGCUUCCUGCUGGGACGCGCGCGUCUACCUAUACGAGAUCCAGGGCCAGGGGGAGGAAGCGCACGCGAGCCUUGUGCGGGAGUUCCCUCACAAAGCCGCUGUCCUCGAUGUGUGCUUCGGCAAGGACGACGACGAAGCCUUCUCUACCGACCUGAACAAGCAGAUCAACAGGAUUGAUCUAGCGACAGGCGAACAAAUUGUCAUCGGGCAUCAUGAGAAGCCCGCUCCUCGCAUCGCAUACAGCCGCGAGCAUUCGAUUCUCAUUUCCGCCUCUUGGGACGGUUCAAUUCACUUCUACAAUGCAAACGACUUCGAUCAGGCACCUAUCAAGGCACAGUUGCCUGGCAAGGCGCAAGCGCUCGCAGCAAGCCCAUCCAAGGUCGUGGUCGCCAUGAACGCACGUCUAGUUCACAUCUACGAUCUGCCUACAGUCGCAUCGAUUCUCAACGGCAAGUCAGCAUCAGAGCUCACGCCAUGGCAACAGCGAGAAUCAUCCCUGAAGUUCCUCACGCGUGCUGUGGCAUGCAUGCCCAACGACGCCGGCUAUGCCACCAGCAGUAUCGAGGGCCGUGUGGCGGUGGAGUGGUUCGAAGACUCGGCGGAAUCGCAGGCGAGGAAAUACGCGUUCAAGUGCCAUCGGCAGACGGCUCCGGAGGAGGAGGGCGGCGGUGACAUCGUUUUCCCCGUCAAUGCGCUGGCUUUCCACCCCCGAUACGGCACCUUUGCGUCCGGCGGCGGAGACGGCACCGUGGCUCUCUGGGACGCCGAGGCGAAGAGGAGGAUGAAGGUGUACCAGAAGAUCCCCAACUCUGUGUGGGCGCUCGCCUUCUCCAACGACGGCAAGUACCUGGCCAUGAGCGUGGCGCCCGGCUUUGAGACGGGACAAGAGGACUACAGCGGCGAGGGCCAGAGCCAGAUCCUCAUCAGGGAACUCGGCGAGACUGAGGCGAGGGGAAAGGGGGCGAAAUAA